AAGGUUCUAAUAACUUUUAAUUUGAUCUUACUUUAUAAGUUACGUUUUUCACGGAUUAAAUAACAUUAUUAUCGUAAUUUAAGUAACGACCAAUCAGAGCAGAGCACGUGGCUUGAGUGGGGUCGAGGCGUCAUCUUUAUAUAAGGCAGUUUGACAGUGGUCACAGGUUGAGUUGUAAAUUGGGAAUGGAUCGAGUUGGGUCCUUGAAGUUGGUUUAUUGGUGGUGUUAAGAAGUGGCGCUUUGAACUCACUGCUCGGUCUUAUUAUUAAGUAUCGGUUUGAGUGUGUAACUUUGAUUUUGUGUGAUUUAAACGUGCUGAAACUAAAUUAAAUAUUGUGAAAACUAUAAUCGACGUGUUUUGUGUUCGCACUUUACCCUCAUGACGCCCACCAAGUCCUCAACCACUAUAGAUGAUGUCGUUGAGAAAAGUGUUUCUCCGACAUCAGAAGUGGGAUCGGUGCCGGCACAAAAUGGAGAUCUACGGACACCAGCAGAAGACGGAUGGCGCGCAUUAUUUGAGGCGCAGCAAACCAGCAUGCGGCUGCUCGUGGAGGCGCUAUCCAACCCACCGAGAACGGAGGACAAGACCAUCACGCUGCCUAAAUUUGAGCCGGAAGUAGCAGACAGCGACGCACGUGCUUGGCUAGCAACGGCGGACAUCUGCUUAUCGGACCGCAAUAUACAGGGAAGUCAACUAGUUCUUAUACUUAGCAAAGCACUGGGAGGUUCAGCCGCAACAUGGUUUUCCCAAAUAGCUUUUCCUAAUAUGAAAUGGAUUGAAUUUAAGGAAAUUUUUCUUUCCCGCUUUGAUACGCUUGAAACGUGUGCAGCGACGAUACUAAACACGCUAAAUAGUAAACCGCAAGAAGGUGAAAGCCUCGCUGCAUAUUCAAGUCGUCUGUUUACUCUGCUUAUGUCACGUUGGGGUAGUUUAGGUAAAGAGGAGAUAGUGGUAUCGCUGAUACUUGCACAUAUUGGGCAAAUCGAGCCGCGAUUACAACAUCACAUAUUUUCGGAAGAAAUAAGUACCCGCAUUAAAAUGCAGCGAGAGAUGAUGGCCUUUUCUUACCGCAAAAGAAGCUACCAAGAGGCAGCGAAAACUGUUACAAGCGCCGCGCAUGAUAAUAAACGCCCUAAAUUAAGUUCCAUAUCGACCAACUGUUACUCUUGCGGAAAAUUUGGACAUAAAUCCUUUGAAUGUUUCAGCCGAACACAAGACAAGCAGCAAACAACUCCGUUCUCCGAGCGCCCCAACACGGCCGUUGCUACUCGGACCUCUGUCACUUGUUUCAAUUGUGGUGUUGAGGGCCACGUAGCAUCACGCUGCUCGAAGGCAUCGCCGGUUGCACCAGCAGCGGCAUCCAGCGUUGUGAAGCGAGUGGACAUGUGCGGUGUGAGACCUGUCACCGGAAUAAUCACUCAAUUUGAUAAUGAUGAUGCCCGGCCUUCAACAUCACACGAGGGCGUGUGAUAUGUCAGGACGGCCGUGUCGGAGGAAGCCAUUGAUGGAGUUGCUUGUUAAUUGUACGAUACUGCAUAAAAUUGUCUCUUUAUCAUCUAAACACAUUUUAGAAAUCUUAAUAUAAUUUAAUACGAAUUCUUACAUUGUUGUAAAGCCUAAAACAUGUUUCUAAUAACGGAUUUGUGAUUAUAUUUAAAGUAGGAAGUUAUUAAGUAGCCAUUGUCAACUGAAUUACUGUUUAACGCAUAGUGUGCAAUGUUUAAUGUUUAUUGAAAUUGUAAAAGGUUCUAAUAACUUUUAAUUUGAUCUUACUUUAUAAGUUACGUUUUUCACGGAUUAAAUAACAUUAUUAUCGUAAUUUAAGUAACGACCAAUCAGAGCAGAGCACGUGGCUUGAGUGGGGUCGAGGCGUCAUCUUUAUAUAAGGCAGUUUGACAGUGGUCACAGGUUGAGUUGUAAAUUGGGAAUGGAUCGAGUUGGGUCCUUGAAGUUGGUUUAUUGGUGGUGUUAAGAAGUGGCGCUUUGAACUCACUGCUCGGUCUUAUUAUUAAGUAUCGGUUUGAGUGUGUAACUUUGAUUUUGUGUGAUUUAAACGUGCUGAAACUAAAUUAAAUAUUGUGAAAACUAUAAUCGACGUGUUUUGUGUUCGCACUUUACCCUCAUGACGCCCACCAAGUCCUCAACCACUAUAGAUGAUGUCGUUGAGAAAA